AAUUUUUACUAUCAGCGUGGUCGGUGUCUCCAAAGCGCGGAUUGUUUUUUUUUGCGGAUUUUGUGCUAUCCAGUGAAUAACCCGUGGAAAAACGAACUGAAAUUCAUCAGCAAUAAUCAACGUAGAGCACCUAUUGUGCUAAACAAUAAAUAUGUCGCUUAAAAUCACAGGCAAGUCCGAAGGACAACUGCAGUUGCAUCUUUACACCAAGCAAAAACAAUUUGCCGUACCGGAUGUUCCGUACUCCAUUCGAGCGAAUGUUAACAAUAAAGAGCUAAACGUGCUAAUUAAUACGUUGCUUAAAGACUCGGGAAACCCGGAGGCCGGCAAGGUUGAAUUUGAUUUUCUCCUAAAUGGAGAAUUUGUUAAGAUUUCAUUGGGACAACACUUGAAGGAGCGAGAAAUAUCGUUCGAAGACAAAGUGGAACUUGAAUAUGUAGAACGAUAUCCGGCCCCGGAACCACAAGAUUGUCUGCUACACGAUGACUGGGUUUCAGCUGUCGAAGCUAGGGAUAACUGGAUUCUGACAGGGUGUUAUGAUAACACCUUGAAUAUCUGGACCACGAAAGGGAAGCACAAGUUGACCAUCCCGGGUCACAUUGCGCCGGUAAAGGGAGUCACUUGGGUGUCGUUAGAUCAAGAGAAGGGAGUAUUUGCCAGCGCUUCGCAGGACCAAACUGUCAUGCUGUGGGAGUGGAAUGUUGCAGCAAACUCGGUUGAGUGCGUUCAAGUUUGCAAAGGACACGAACGUGGAGUUGACUGUAUUUCAGCUAAUCGGAGCAAAACGCGGAUGGCCACCGGAAGCUGGGAUACAAUGCUUAAAAUUUGGUCCACGGAUGUGCGUAACGAAAGUGAAACGCAGCCCUCUACUAGCAAGAGACAAAAACUUGACCAAGGCAAUGCGAGAACGCCGAUCCUUACCCUGGCCGGCCACCGAGAGUGUAUUUCCGGUGUGCAGUGGAUCGACGACAACACGCUCGUUACGUCCUCGUGGGAUCACACCAUCAAAAUUUGGGACCUAUCCCUCAACGGAAUAAAGUCGGAAAUCUGCGGUCACAAAUCGUUCUUCGAUUUGAGCUACUCCCAUUUGAACGGGUUGAUCAUUGCUGCUUCGCCAGAUAAAAACCUGAGACUGUAUGAUCCCAAGUCAAACCAGGGAACCAUCGUCAAGAAUACCUACCUCGGUCACACGCAGUGGGUCCAAUCGGUGCGCUGGAGCAAUACCAAUGAAUACUUGUUUGUGUCCGGAGCUUACGACAACCAUGUCAAGCUGUGGGAUUAUCGCAGCCCGAAGGCGCCCAUCUUUGAGCUAAUUGGUCACGAAGACAAGGUGCUGGCCUGCGAUUGGUCGAAUCCGAAAUUCAUUCUGUCGGGAGGGUCGGACAAUUCGGUGCGUGUUUUCAAAUCCAAAAUAGCAAUAGGAGGGGAGCAAAAGUAAAUUUCUGGCACGAUUUAUUUCAUUAUACAAAUUAUAUAAUAGAUUUUCGUAAACACAAUAA